AUGCACGCCAAAAAAGCGCCACCCCCCUCCCCCAUGGGCCACCUCUCCCUCCACACCUCCUUCUCCUCCUCCCCUCCCAAUUCCGCCUCCUACGCCCGCAGCGACUGCUCGACAGUCAGCCCACUAAGCUCAACAACAACAUCUCCCGCGUCCUCGCCUACAUCGCCGUUUAGACGGCUCUGUCGACAGGCUUGGUUCCCUGCCAGCGAUAAUAAAAUCGAUAAUUCCUUAAUUACAACUACCGGGACAGAAAAUAAAGAGCAGAGUCAAAGUCGCAGCCGCAGUCAAAGCCAGGCUUCCUUCCGCCUGAGCCUGAACCACCAUCUCAACGCGCUCCGCCGGCCAUCUUCAUCGCUGCUGUUCUUGCUGCGUCGGCGACCGUCGAAGAUCGAUCUUGCGCUUAGUGAAGAGCGCGCGCGGUGUGAUGAGGAUGCGGCUGAGAGGAAGGGGGUGGGAUUGUUGGAGCCGAGGCCUGUUGAUCCAGCCCCUGCGCCUGUACCUGUCUCUGAUAUGAGUAGCGGUGAUGAGCGGGGAUUGGGAUCGCGAUCGUCGAUGCAGAGUUUGAGCGCUGGGUUUUUAUCGCCGGUGCUACCGACGUCGUUGCCUGCGCAGCCGCGGUUUGUUAUGGGUGGGAUUGAGGAGGUUUUGGCGGGGGAAGCUUGA